ACAAAACAGCUGUUAUAUUCAUAAAUGUUUAUAACAGUGUGAGCAACUGGUAAUAUUUGUACACAAACAAAGAUGAAUUGACAGAUUUUAUUUAAGUAAGUUUAUUGGAAAGUGACUGUUAAAAUCAGUAGAGGAAAUUGAAAAUAAUGCUGAUCCUGACACCGAGAUUACUGAUAUUGAAGAGGAAAUGGGGACACUUCGACUAGGCCUAGAGUAACGAGGCUGGACACCGUCAUUGAAUGUUCUCAUCAAGUAACCAGAAAAAACAAGCAAGAAUAAAAUUGAAAAGAACUACCACGGUCACAAAACGAAUUUAUUUUGUUAGUGAAAAUUGAAUUACUGAAAUGCUAUUUCUUUAGUGGAAAAGAGCAUUUCAUGUAUUAUGGACACAGUUCUUCUUAAUGUACAUCAAUGAAUUUACGAAAUGUUCAAAGCAAGUUCAGUCUUAAAAAAAGGCAAUAGGCAAAAGGCAAUUUAAUCUUUCUAUUAAAUUUAGAAAUUAGUAGCAAAUUAUAGUAGUAAAUUUACUUUAUUAAUGGUAGGAAUAUAGUAGUAAAUUUACUUAAUUUCAAAAAAUAAUAAGCAAUAUGAAUCCUCACGGUAUAUGUGUUCAAGUUGAACACGCUAGUUUUGGAUCAACCAAAGGUUCCGGAUUACAAAUAAAUGAUGUAGUCAUAGUUCAUGGGAUGAUUUUAACACCCUUGUGCGUUGCUAAGAAUGAUGACAAGGAUCCCAUUCAAAAAUUAGGUAUUAUCAUGAAGGAUAUAUUGGACAUACAAUCCUGUACUCAGUCUAGAAAUUUAAGAUCUAUUCCUAUUAAAUUUACAGUUUUAACGAAAACUUGUUCAUGCUUGUCUAAAAAUAAAAUUGGAUCCACCCCCGAUUGUUGCAGUUCUUCAGAGAGCGUUGAAGAGGCUAAAGUUUGCUCUUUAUACACAUACAGAGGAUUGCAGGACAUUACUAAUGAAAUUUGUAAUUGGACUUAUAAUAAUACUGAUAAUACUGUCACAAGCCUUGACAUCAAGUUAGUUGAUCGUAUUUUACCAGUUUUUAUUAUCAUGAUGGUCAAUAAACCUUCAAAAUUUGUUGGAUUUGAAAAAACUUUAUAUGCUCAAUAUUCAGAAAUUAGAAAUUUUAACUUUUAUCCAGGUUUACCAUUACUAAUUGAGUCAACUCCUUUUGGAAACUUAUCAUUAUUAAAUUCUUGGUCCCAAGGUAUUGUUAGCAAGGUGAUUGGUUCUAGAAGUGAUGGCAUCAUUACAGAUGCUAGGCUUGUACCUGGCUGUGAAGGAGCGCCUAUUUAUAGCUUUGAGAACGGAGUAAAAGGCCCUUUAGUUGGGAUAGUGAUUCAAACAUUGUCAUGGUGCAGUGGAGAACGGGUUGGUUUUUCUCUUGGGUUAAGUGCCCAGCAGCUUCUAAAAGAUAUCCUCGGAUUACAAGCGAUCACAGACUACAUUUCUUUCAGCAAGCCGAAGCUAGAAAUAUCAAAUGCUCUGGUGAAUAUGGAUGAUCUUUCUGAUGCUGUAGUUUUUGUGCGAUGUCAAAACAAGUGGGGCUCUGGUGUUGUCAUCGAUGCUGCCUCUGGUCUCAUCCUUACCUGUUCUCACAUUGUUAACCAUGCACACGACUCAGUGAAGGUGCUCUUUAAGAAUGGUAAGGUCGAGGCCCGCGUCAUUUACGCCUCUCCCCCCUCCACCCCGUACGACUUGGCACUGCUCUCUGUGGGAGAAGUGAAGGGACUUAAACAGCUUCAGUUAGCUGACUCUCCACCUGUUCUUGGUGAAAAAGUUCUGACGGUGGGAUACCCGUUGUCUACUGAGAACCUAGUAGCCGCUAACUGUACGCCGACUCUGACUGCGGGCUGCGUAGCCAAGUUGUCACAGCGGGGAGGCCCCAUCCAGACCACAUGUUGCACUCAUAGUGGAGUCAGUGGGGGCGCUCUCCUACGGCCUCCGAGCCAACUACUGGGCAUAGUCGUCAGUAACCUCCAGUGUAACAAAGUCAUCAUGUCGUCGUUCAACUUCGCUAUUUCUGUAGAGCAUUUCCGCACGCCAUUCCGUGAAUACCUUGUAACAAAAGAUCCUUCUUGUCUGCAGUCACUUUCAGUGAACAACACUACUGUGAAAAUGGAAUGGGCAUUGCCAGACUGCAAACUCUAAUGUCUACUGCUAGACGUUAAAAAUUAUUCCAGCUCUCCAUUCCAUCAACGUUUUAAGUAAAAAUGGCCUAAUGAGGACACUUUAUUUUUCUUUAGUUCACAGUCGAAUAAGUUAUGGUAUAGAGUGCUGGGGUGGAACUUACAUAACCAAUUUAAAACCACUCAUAACAAUGCAGAAGUAUUUUGUAAGAAUAGUAGCUAAAGGAAAUAAAUAUGACUCCUCUUGGCCAAUAUUUAGAUCAUUAAAGGUAUUACCAAUAAGAAAUAUGUAUGUUUAUAAAGUUAUGAAGGUUUUUUUUAACAGAAGUAGGAAUAGUCAUGAUUGUUAUAAUGCAUAUAAAGGAAAAUUAAGAAAUUCUGAUAAUGUAGCUGUACCUAGACCAUCAAAAACCUUUUUCACUAAAACAUAUAACUUUUUAGCCCCUCUGAUAUUCAAUAGAUUGCCUAAUGAAAUAAAAAUUUUAGAUACUUCACACAAAUUUAUUAGAAAACUCAAAGAUUGGCUAAUCACAGUGCAAGAUAUAAAUGAAUUGCUAUUUGAAAUCCAAAGUUGAAAAAUUACUUCUACAAUUACUGUGAUUUUUAUAAAUUAUUCUAUACUAUUUGUAUGCAAGGGUGUGUGUGUGCAUGUAUUUUUGUGAAUAUGCAAGUGUAAUGUGAAUGUAUGUGUGUAUUGAGAAUAUGUAUGUGUACAUGUUCAUAGUUGUAUUAGUGAAUAUAAGGAUACAUAUUGAUGAUAUUCUAUUGUGAGAUUUGUGAAGGAAUUCUUGUGCUUGAGUAUAGGUCGGAUUUUUUAUUUAUUAAUGUUAAUAUUCUAGAUAUUUACGUUUAGUUAAAGCGGUUAAUUUUGUUAACUCAAGAUACAACUUUUUUUGCUAGGUCUCUCAUAUUAUAUUGUUCAAUGAGGCCUACUUAUUAAAUUGUUUAUAUAAUUCAUAAUAAUGUCUUUUAUAAGAAUUCAAAUUUCAUAUACUAUUUUAAUUCUUAGGGAGUUGGGUCAAUGAUACUGGAAUAUAGAGCCCUGUAUUACUUGACGGCAAUUUCUUAUCCAAUAAGUACACGUUAUUUCCUCCAAUCAGGCUUUGCCUUGGAGGUUUCAUUUUCCAAAAACAACCAACAAAAAUAAUGUUCAUUGUAUUUUCCUUUUAACUAACUGGUAAGUGUAAAAUUAAUUGGUCAGCCUGAGCAAAUCAUUUUUGUUUUGUAUAUGCUAUUUUAUGUUUUUUAUAUAUGCUAUGUAAUGUUUACCUUAUUUUGAAUUAUUGUAUUACUGUUGGAU